AACACCAGACAACAGCACAAGCAUGAUGAGAGCUCUGAUGUUAACUGUGUUAGUGGGGUGCUGCGCCGCCAGCCCGCUGAAGCAACAGUCGUGGCCAACAGCUUACAUCUUGACCGAGUCUGUCAGCCCGUCAGUAGUGAGGUUGCCCUUGACUGACCUGCAGCUGUCCUUACCUCAGUUGACCUCUGUUUCCUAUCACCCCGUUCCUGCCGCAGUUCCCGUUCCUGUUGUGCAGGCCGCAGUUCCCGUUCCUAUUGUGCAGGCCGCAGUUCCCGUUCCUGUUGUGAAGGCUGCAGUUCCCGUUGUGGUAGCAGCAGCACCUGAGCCUAUGCUGGCCCCACAGCCGCCCAUGCCAUCAGUGGGCGUGCCCUUUGUGGGGGGUCAGUUCCACGCCCAGGGUGAGGCCGGGCAGUACACCUUCGGGCACUGGGGCGGCCCCAACACCCGGGUGGAGACGAGGGACGCCCUGGGCCGCACGUCAGGCAGCUUCGCUUACGUCAACCCUGACGGUGCCGUCCACAUCAGGAAGUAUGCGGCAGCUCCUGGCACCGGCUUCCGUGUGGCGGCUUCUGACCUGCCUCUAGACACCAAUGUGGCCCCUGAGGACACCCCCGAAGUGGCCGAGAUCAAGGCCGCCCACGCUAACGCCCACGUUAACGCCAAAGCCAUGUCCAAACCCUCGGCCUAACUGACCCACACCGUCUUGUAUAUAACUGAACAUUAUAUUUUACUUUUAAGUUUAUCAACACCAAAUAUAUCACUACAUUAUGA